UGACCUAAAGGUCGAGUAAAUUAUGAACUAUAAUUUUGAAAAGAUCAAAAGAUCAUAUGAAAGAGGGUGAUAGCUUUGUAGAUUCGUUCCCAUAGUUUGAUCUUUUUCUAAGUUUGUUUUGAUUUGUUGUAGAUUGGAUGAUGAAAACAUCAGUAAGCUCAUGCGUCAAAGCUUACCUUAUUUAGAGGCGGAAAACAACUUUUUUUUUUUUUUGGUAGGCCGCCAAUAUUUUGAUUCCUCUCACAUGUCAAAUUACUUCUCAUUUCCCAAGAUUGGUUUCUCUUUUCCCACAUCCCUGCCCCCCCAACCCCCCCCCCCCACCCCCCCACACACACCAACCUACCCCCUCAUCGAUCAGCCUAUAUAUAUAACUCCACUCGACCAUACCCAUUGAAGGUGUCUCUAUUUCAUUUAUCCCAACUCUUGUGUUGCUCUAAGUUGAUUGACCACCAGAUGUCAAAGUGGAACUUAAGUUUAGAUUCUUCAUCAGAUGAAGUUGUUAGUGAGCAAUUAUCUUUGAGUCAUUUAAAGGUUGAUGAACUCCAUAAGCCAAACCUUUGGGACCACUCACCACCAACUCUACUGACCUUAGGUGUCCCUGGGGUGGAAAAUCAUGUGCCUAUGUUUGGUACUACAAAUUACUCAUCAAGUACUCAAUCUGAUUCUCAGCAGCCACAACAAAGAAAGAUUAUGACAAGACCUUGUCAUAAAAUCCUAGCUAGGGAGUCAAAAGGGAAAAAGAGAAAAUGCGGAGAAGAUUUAGUGUCUGAAUUUGAUGUGAGUGUAGUCCCCGCCCUGCUCAUUGCGAAAAAAAAGUAGGAAUUAGCGAUGGACAAAUUAUGUAGCUAAAUAGGAAAAUCCGUCAGCAAUACUAUUUAGCAAUAGAUUAACGACAAAUUAUUAGCUACGAAUGACUUAGCGAUGAAGUUCGCAUCUAAUUCCAGUUUCUUUUGGGUAGUGAUAUUGUGUAAUGACAAGCAAUUGACUUAUUAGCUCAAACAUAUCUUGAUGCAUUGUGCAUGUGGUUUAGUUUUCACUUUAUUAUGAUUUGAUUAUAGUACUAUUGUUAUUAUCAGGCUAAUGGAAACGGGUUGACAUCAAGAAGGAAUGAAGAUAGUUUGCAGCAAUGUUCUAAAGCAAGUUCUGUUGAAAUGCAUAAAAUGAGUGAGAGGUUAAAGAUCAUCACAUAAAAUGGAACAGGGGCGGAAGGAGUAUUCAUAAUUGAACGUGGUUUAUGUCAUGACUCUCAUGGCUACGCAUAGUUUAAAACGUAGAGACCGAAUUGCAAAAAAGGUGAAGGCUCUGGAGGAACUAAUACCCAAUUGUAACAAGACAGGUAGAGCCUCAGUACUUGAUCAGGCCAUACAGUACAUUCAAGCCUUACAGCACCAAGCCCAGGUGAUGUCAAUGGAUGGAUUUCCAGCAUGGCAUUCAACAUCCACUCUACUAGCUGCCAGAAACCAAAUAAUGCAGAGCACUCUACAAUUUAAUCCUUACGUGCCAGUAAUGCCAAGGAUAGCAUUUGGCUCCUUUUUUGGUUUCGGGACAUCUAUUAAUUAUAGCAAUAUGCUUUCCCCCAAUUUGUUCCCAAUGAUGCCUCUGCCUUCCACGAGCAGUCACUUUCCAUUUUUGCCCCUUGCCUCCAUCACAAGAAAAACUUAGCUGAAAAAUGCAAAAGCUUCUUUCCAAUCUUUUUUAUUUCGUUGGGCAUGUCCAACUCACAUAUAGUUUUUGAGGAGGUUGGUUUUAUGUUCCCCUCCUUUAUGUAAUCGUUUUUUGGAUCUUAAUAUGCAAGGUACGAGCCAAUGCCGAACUUUAGUGACGA